ACAUUUCAUACAUUCACGCCGUAUAUACACAAUACACAGCUCAACAUGUCUCAACAAUUUACUCCUGCAGAUGUUGCCCAGCACAACAACCCCGAGAAGGGCCUCUACAUCAUCGUAGACGCGAACGUCUACAACGUCACCGACUUUGCCGAUGAGCACCCCGGUGGAGCCAAGAUCCUCAAGCGCGUCGCCGGAAAGGACGCCUCCAAGCAGUUCUGGAAAUACCACAACGCCGGCGUGCUCAAGAAGUACGGAGCCAAGCUUCAGAUCGGGACCGUGAAGGACGUCGCCAAGUUAUAAGCGCUGCAAGCGUAGAGGGCAUCGUAUUUACACCGUCGGGCGAGGGGUGUGCAUGGCGGAGGCACCUCCGCACAUUAGUCCCUGCAUGUGUGUUGUGGAGCAAGGCGAAACCUAGAACAACGCAGAUUUAAAAGACGCAUGUAUGAAGAGAAUUGGAGGCAAGGGAGUGAUUUUCAAUGCAUAUGAUAUCGAACCAUUGCGACAGC